AUGGCCAUGAAUCAAAUAAAAGGCCACAAUAUCUAUGUCGGAGGCAUAUUAAGCGCCAAAAACAAAACGGCUUUGGCACGCGCAGAUAUCUCGCAUGUUCUCUCAGUGCUGCGUCUCAACCCAGCUGAGGAACAGGAGACGUUCAAGUCUUUCCAGCAUCUUUCCAUAGGAGUUGACGAUGUCGACGAUGAAAAUUUAUUGGAGUAUUUCCCCGCCGCUAUCAAGUUUAUUCAGUCUGGCCUAAACGGUGGUGGAGGUGUACUCGUGCACUGUGCGAUGGGGAAGUCCCGCUCCGCGGCCAUUUGCAUCGCCUACCUGCUCCACCGGCAGCUGGGGCUCACACCGCAAUCCGCCCUUGCGCUGGUUCGCCAAAGCAGGCCCCUAUGUGAGCCAAACGAGGGCUUCAUGGAACAGCUGAACCUAUACCAUGAAAUGGGCUGUCCAGAUGAUGUCACCGAUCAUCCCUCGUACAAACGCUGGCUUUAUCGCCGUGAUGUCGAAGGAAGUGUGGCAUGUGGCCGUGCCCCAGAGCUGAAGUCAGUGCGGUUUGAAGAUGAACAGCCUGUCCAGUCCCAAAACGCCACCGGUCGAACGGUUGAGAUUAAAUGUCGGAAAUGCAGAACGAAAUUGGCAACGACUCCAUUCAUCAUCCCGCAUGAGGAAGAAAAGCAAAACACUGCCAAGUCAUCAGCAACCGCGGAUUGCGGCCAUGUUUUCCUCCACCCCCUGACCUGGAUGCGCCCAAGUCUCUUCCCGUCUGAGGAUAGAGCUGAGGCUAGCGCGGAUACAACAUAUGGUGCACACCCCGACGAUGCUCCCCUCUCUGGACGCCUCACUUGCCCCAACUCCAUCUGUGGGUCCAAUGUCGGCAAAUUUGCAUGGCAAGGUCUUCGAUGCAGCUGUGGUGGUUGGGUCGUGCCCGCCAUCGGUCUCACCAAAGCUCGCGUUGAUAUCGCAUACCAGGUUAAUAUGGCUCAGGGCCCAAGAGCUAACCCUGCCAUCCGUCUUCCUCCUGGAAUGCGGGUUCCGGCAGUUAAUGACUCUGGGCGGGGCAAUCUUUGA